AUGGCCGGCCUCGUUCAUCAUCAGGCCACCGGGCCCUCCCCUCGGCUGCGCGCCGCCCACGGGAUGGUGAGCUUCAGCUCCGGCCGGGCGCGUCUCGGCAGGGUCACGGCGGCUGCGCGGCCCAAGUACUGCCGGCUCCGGGGUGCCGCUGGCGUCGUCGCCGCCCCCGAGACCGGCGAGACCACCAGCCGCGAGCUGCUCGAUCAACACUUUCGCCCUAGCCACACCGCACCGAGGCAGCAGCUUACCACCGUCACCGUCAGGAAGGACAAGUUUUUCGAGAUCGAGAUGAAGGUGCGCGACGACGAGCUUGACGAGUACGGCGUCGUCAACAACGCCAUCUACGCCAGCUACCUCCAUAGCGGUCGUGACGUGGUGCUUGAGAAGCUGGGCAUCAGCGUGGACUACUGGACAUCCACGGGCAACGCCAUGGCUCUUUCUGAGCUCAACCUCAAGUAUUUUGCGCCUUUGAGGAGCGGCGACAGAUUCGUGGUCAAGGUGAAGCCUGUCCAAAUCAAAGGCGUGCGGAUGAUUGUGGUGUAA